AUGAAAGAACGGAAUGCCUCUCGGAUAUGGGAUUUACCUCAGCUGCUCUGGAUGACUCUUGCAAAGCUUGUCUUUCGGAUUGCCGCCGGCGCACUGUGCGUCUACUCGCUCUUUCUUCGGAAAGGAGUGUGCACAACGGAAACAAUCAUGGCAGGAAAGACCGUCGUCGUGACUGGGGGCAGUUCAGGAAUGGGCAAAGCGACCGCCAAGGAACUGGCUCGACGGAAGGCCCGCGUCAUCAUCGCCUGUUGUGACCUCAAAGAAGCCGACCAGGCAGCGAGAGAGAUUUUCGCCGAAACCAAGGUGGACGUGAUCGUCAAGUACUUGGACCUCGCUUCCUUUGAGUCGGUGCGAAGCUUUGCCCAAGACGUCAUCGCGACAGAGCCUAGGUUGGAUGUGCUGAUCAACAACGCGGGCAUUAUACUGGGCUCUGAAGAGGUGGAGCUGACCCGGGACGGCUACGAGCGUGCAUUCCAGGUCAACUACCUGGGUCCCUUUCUCCUCACCAUGCUGCUCGUGGGUUUGCUGAAGGCGAGCGCCCCGUCCAGAGUGAUCAACGUGUCCUCGGAGCUGCACCUUCUCGGCAGCGCAGAGCGCUUCGACGACAGGGCGCAUGGGACACAUCCCGUGGCAGACCCGUUGGCCGUCUACUGCGACAGCAAACUGGCCCUCGUUCUCUUCACGAGAGCACUUGCGGCGACACUUCGCGACAAAGGCGUGACUGUCAAUGCUGUUCAUCCGGGACUCGUGAGGACUUCUAUUGCGCUGAACGCUCCCAGAUUCAUGGCAUCCUACUUCUCUCUAGUUCAGUACCUAGGCGGGAAAACUCCACUGGAAGGUGCUCAGACAGCCCUGUUCUUGGCUGUUGAUCCCGUGGUUGGUCGAGAAACUGGGAAUUAUUACUCGGACUGCAAGGAAGGCUGGGUCAGCCGCAAGGCCCUGAACUUCAAGCUGGCUCAGCAAGUCUUCCGAAGCUCGAUGAGACUCGUGAACCUUGAAGGAACCGACACUCCUCUCCUCUAA